AUGUACGGGUUUUCCACGUUCUUACCGUCGAUCCUAAAGAGCGACCUUGGCUACACUUCACUGCAAGCACAAUACCUGACAGUCCCCUGCUACAUGUUUUCGGGCAUUGUUUUCAUUCUUGCGGCCAGAAUAUCUGACAAGACUAGAAUAAGGGGACCGCUGAUUAUCUUGCUAGAUUUGUUUGGGGUUGUUGGAUACGCACUUAUCCUUGGAAACACUAGCAGCGGUGUCAAAUACUUUGCGUGCUAUCUCAUCUGCAUGUGCUUGUACGUCCCGGGGUUGAACGAAGCCUGGCUGGCCACGAACCUGGCUCCCAGAUUCAAGAGGGCCAUGGGUCUGGGAAUAAAUCAGACUCUGGGAAAUAUUGCAGGCGUUGUGAGCGCACAGGUGUACCGAAAGCCUCCAAAAUACGUACUGGGCCAUGCAUUUACUCUUGGGUGCAUUGGAAUGGGAAUUGUGUGCUCAGGGUUGAGCACGGUUGUCCUCGUUCGUCGCAAUAAGGCCAAUAUAAAAGCGUGCGAGACAGGCGUUGAUGUGCGUGGGCUGAAGCGAGAUAUUGGCGAUGACUCGAUUGAGUUCCGGUUUGUUACAUAG